AUGGGGAACAGCCGGUGUCCCGUGAAUCUGGAGUUGCGAUGGCAGGCGGAGGUCAGCAGCAGCAUCUACUCCACUCCCCUCGUCGCCGAUAUUAACCGGGACGGCAAGAUGGAGGUGGUGGUGCCGUCCUUCGUGCACUACCUGGAGGUGCUCGAUGGUUAUGAUGGUGACCGGCUGCAUGGCUGGCCGGCCUUCUACCGCUCCAGCACGCACACGAGCCCGCUGCUGUAUGACAUAGACAAGGACGGCGUGAGGGAGAUCAUCCUUGCGGACUACAACGGCGAGAUCCUCUCCUUCACGCCUGGUGGCGAGGAGCUGACUCGUUAUAAGAUGAGUGUGCCGCGGCUGCGCAUCCGCAAGGAGUGGUAUGUGGGGCUGGACCCAGACCAUGUGGACCAUGCACACCCCGACAUCCACGCCCCCAUUGACGACGACCACGUGGACCAUGCACACCCCGACAUCCAUGCUCCCAUUGACGAUGGUGAGCCGGGCUUACUACUUGCCAAGAACGUGUCCAGCCAGCAUCAGGAGAGCGAUCUGCUCAACCUGCCCAAGCCACACGCUGCUGAUGACCUUCCCAGAUACGCUGCUGGUGGUGGUCCUUCCGUCGUCACAGAUUCGACUCAAAAGUCAACUCAGAUGUUUCUUUUCCCUCCGCACCGACCCUCUCUCCCUCCCCCUCCCUCACCUUCUGCAUCUUCGCUCUUCCCUCUGUAUGCUUCACGCAGCAGCAGCCAAGCCAAGAACGUGUCCAGCCAGCAUCAGGAGAGAGAUCUGCUGAAACGGCCCAAGCCACACGCUGCUGACGCCCAUGCUGAUCGCGGCGCUGGUAGUGGUUCUCCCAUUCUCACUGAUAUUUUCUGUCCCUCCGCACCCACCAUCCCUCCAUCUCUCCCCAUCCUCUCCUCCCUCUCACCUCUCUCAGCAGCCAAGAACGCGUCCAGCCAGCACCAGGGGGGAGACCUUCUGAACCUGCCCACGGCCCACGCCGCUGACGCCCAUGCUGAGCGCGGCGCUGGUGGCUCUGACACCCACGCACCAGGCACAUCGGGGCAGGCACAGGGUCAGCAGCAGGCACAGGGACAACAAGCACAAGGGCAGCAGGCGCAGGGGCAGUAUAAGACUCAGCCACUGCAGCAGCAGCCGCAGGAGGUGCAUCACGAGCACCACCCAGAGCAGCAUCCGGACAAGCAUACCGAGCAGCAGCAUGCAGCAGGAGGGGGCGGUUUGCCUCACGGGAGUGACCUGCAGCAGCCAGGCAUCCCCCACGCAGCAGCAGACACCGCGUUUGGCACAGCCACUGCUGCUAGAACGCUCGCAGAGCAGCAGCACCCUCAGGCGCAAGCACAGGUGAAGGUAGAGAAUCCUCAGGAGGACCCGGGCCUGCCCCCUGUUGUAACUGCCGCGGGCGCUGCUGCUGGAGGUGCUAGUAGCGGGGGGAUUGACAUGCCCCCGCUUGUAGAGCCGCUGGCACAUGCUGCAGGUGCUGCUGCUGCUGGUGGGGGUGCUGGUGCUGUUGGGGGUGCUGCUGGGGGUGCUGGUGGUGCUGCAGGAGCGGGAGGGCGAGGGGCGGCGCUGGCAGAUCUGGAUUGUGGGAAGGACGGGCUGUGCAGCAAAGAGGCGCAUGCUGCAGCCGAGGCCAAGGCAGCCGCCGCUGCUGUCGCUGCCGCUAUGAGUGGGGGAAUCGCAGCAGCAGCAGCGGGGGGGCAGCAAGGGCAGCAGCAGCAGCCGGCGCAGGGGCAGCAGCAGGUGGAAGGUUCUGGGAAGGUUCAAGCAACGGAGGCGGAUUUACAGAAGAUCCAGUCGUGGGAGAAGUGGCACCAAGAUGUGAUGGCCAAGGUGGCACCAGGAUCCCAAAUGGGGGAGAAGGAGCAGGCGCUGUGGAAGCACUACCAGGACUGGAAGAGCAAACUGCUGCUCCCAGGGGACAACUCGCCCCCUGCUGCUGGUGGAGGGGUGCAUGGGGCGCGUAGGCGGCUGCUGCAGGUGCAUGAGGAGAAGGCGGGGGCAGGGAGGGGUGGAGACGUGGGGGCAGCACGUAGGAGGCUGCUGCAGGUGCACGGGGGCCACCAUGCUGGCGACCACGAGGAUUUCCCCACAGCAGAGCCCGACAGCGAGUUGGACGAAGAAGGAGCAGACUCGUGGGACGUGUUCAAGGAUGACGAUGAUUACAAGCAGUGGGAGGGCGACGGGGAUGACUGGGCUGGGAACGCGGAGGGCGAGGGGGAGCCAGCGGGGGAGGGGGAGGAGCUGGGGGAAGAUGAGCACGAGGGUCACGGCGGGUGGGGGCAUCAUGGGGACGGGGAGACGCACAAGGAGGAGCACAUAGAGAAGGACGAGGGGGAGGAUGAUGAGUGGGGGGGUCCGCGGGCGGAGAAGGAGGAUGGGGACGAGUAUCAGUACGAUUAUGAUGAUUAUGUGAAUGAGAACAUGUGGGAGGAUGAGGACUGGACCGAGGCGGAGCACGAGGCAGAUAAGGAGUAUAUCCUCGUGGACUCGCACAUCCUCUGCACACCGGCGGAGCACGAGGCGGAUAAGGAGUUCAUCCUGGUUGACUCUCACAUCCUCUGCACACCGGUAAGACGGUUUCUGUUCUUUCCCUCUCAGAGGCAUGAUGCGUGGACGGAGGUGAUAGCGGACAUUGACAACGACGGCCAUGAUGAGCUGGUGGUGGCAUCUUUUGAGUCCACUCAAAUUUUGAGGCGCCUCAAAACUAGACUUAAAUCUCACAAAAUCAGCGCGCUCUCUCCCUGCGUGCCGCGUUUCCUCUCUCCCUCGCACCAGGUGAUAGCGGACAUUGACAACGACGGCCAUGAUGAGCUGGUGGUGGCAGCAUCUCACUUCUUUGACCGCGAAUACUACGAGGACAGGGCACACAAGCACGAGUUGGAGGAGGGGGUGGACAUGAGCAAGUACAUCCCGCCUCAACUCCAUGCCAUACUGCUGUACCACUCGUACUUCGAAGACCCGGCACAUAAGCACGAGUUGGAGGAGGGGGUGGACAUGGGCAAGUACAUCGGCCAUCGGCCUGCCAUGCCACACCAUCCAUGCUAUAAUGUACCCUAUGGGCCUAUGGUUUUAUCCCGUGUCAGGUACUACGAGGACCCGGCGCACAAGCACGAGUUGGAGGAGGGGGUGGACAUGAGCAAGUACAUCGGCGGGGCCAUUGUGGUGUUCGACUUGCACACGCAGCAGGUCAAGUGGUCGCAGCACCUCGACCUCACCACCGACAGCACGCAGUUCCGCGCCUACAUCUACUCGGCUCCCACUGUCGUGGAUCUGGAUGGAGAUGGGUUCCUGGAGAUCAUUGUGGGCACGUCCGUGGGUUUCAUCUACUGCCUCGAUGCCUUUGGUACGUUUGAGAGGGGCCUCGGUUGGCUUAGGCAGCAGCACCAGCAGCAGCACCUGGAUCUCACCACCGACAGCACGCAGUUCCGCGCCUACAUCUACUCGGCUCCCACUGUCGUGGACCUGGAUGGAGACGGGUUCCUGGAGAUCAUUGUUAGGACGUCGGUGGGGUUCAUCUACUGCCUCGACGCCUUUGGCGCUGCCACGACCAGCAGCAGGUCAAGUGGUCGCAGCACUGCACAGGCAGCAGCAGCACCUGGACCUCACCACGACAGCACGCGGUUCCGCGCCUACAUCUACUCGGCUCCCGCUGUCAUAAAUUUGGAUGGAGAUGGCUUCCUAACAAUUAUGUUGGGGAUGUCUUUUGGCUUCAUCUACUGCCUCGACGCCUUUGGCAAGGUGAAGCCCGGCUUUCCCUUACAAAUGGGGGAGGUGCAGGGGCAGGUGGUGGCAGCAGACGUGAACCACGACGGCAAGCUCGAGAUCAUCGCAGCCGACACCCGCGGCAACGUGGCCGCCCUCCUUCCUCCCUCUCCUCGCAAGGUGAAGCCAGGUUUCCCUUUGCAGAUGGGGGAGGUGCAGGGGCAGGUGGUGGCAGCAGAUGUGAACCACGAUGGCAAGCUCGAGAUCAUUGCAGCCGACACGCGCGGCAACACUCACCCUAUCUCCCCCUUCCCCUCCGCCCUCCCAACUUCGCCUCUCCUCCUCCUUCUUCUCAAACCAGGCAAGGUGAAGCCCGGGUUCCCACUCCAGAUGGGGGAGGUGCAGGGGCAGGUGGUGGCAGCUGACGUGAACCACGACGGCAAGCUCGAGAUCAUUGCAGCCGACACCCGUGGCAACGUGGCCGCCUUCUCCUCGGAGGGCAAGGAGGUGUGGGAGCGGCACCUGGCGUCGCUGAUCGCGCAGGGGGCGAGCGUGGGCGACGUGAAUGGGGACGGGUUCACGGAGGUGGUCAUUGGGUCUUCCUCUGGACAUAUUUACGUGCUGGAUGGGCGCACAGAGGGCAAGGAGGUGUGGGAGCGCCACCUGGCAUCGCUGAUCGCGCAGGGGGCGAGCGUGGGCGACGUGAACGGGGACGGGUUCACGGAGGUGGUCAUUGGGUCUUCCUCAGGGCACAUCUGCGUGCUGGAUGGCAGGACAGGCAAGGACGUGGGGGGCUUCCCCUUCCGCACGCACGGGCGCAUCAUGCCGCCCAUUCUGCUGGCAAGGACGUGGGGGGCUUUCCCUUCCGCACGCAUGGGCGCAUCAUGGCGCCCAUUCUGCUGGUGGAUCUGCAAGGACGUGGGGAGCUUUCCCUUCCGCACGCACGGGCGCAUCAUGGCGCCCAUUCUGCUGGUGGAUCUGCACAAGCACGCGGGUGGCAAGGGGCAGCACGUGGGGGCGUCUGCGGGGCUGCAUCUGGUGGUGGUGUCGUUUGAUGGGUUCCUUCGGGGGCAUGGGGAAGGGGGAGAGGCAUGGGCGGAAGAUUGGGUGGGGGUUAAAGAUGGGGGGGAAGGGGGGCAGGGAAAGAGAGGAGGAGGGGAAGGUAGCAAGGGUAAAGGACCAAGGGGAAGAGGAUAUAGGGGCGGCAGCAAGGGGCAGCACACGGGGGCGUCGGCGGGGCUGCAUCUGGUGGUGGUGUCGUCUGAUGGGUUCCUGUACGCCGUGGAUGGACGGACAGGAUGCGUCGACACGUUUGACAUCGGGGAAACAUCCUACAGCAUGGUGUUGGCAGAGAACGUGGACGGAGGGGACGACCUGGACCUGGUGGCCUGGUGGUUUCCUUACACCUGUCCCCUUCCUCCUCUAUCCCACCCCACCGCUCCCAACCCCUUUCAACCGUGCAGGUACAGCAUGGUCCUGGCGGAGAACGUGGAUGGGGGAGACGAUCUAGACCUGGUGGUCUCCACCAUGAACGGCGCCGUGUACUGCUUCCAGACGUCCGUGCAGUACCACCCUCUCAAGGCAUGGCCGUCCCAGAACCAGGGGCGCAACGUGUUCUUCCCGCGCUACGGCCACGAGGGCAUCUACAUGCUGCCGCACUCCCGCCAGUACCGCGACAUUGGCAAAGAUUCCUUCCGCGUCAGCUUUGAGAUUGUGGACGCCCGUAAUCCGCUUGGGCACGGAGGGGUGUAUGGCACUCAGAUCGGUCCCUACAAAGUGAAGUACCGUGACAUUGGCAAGGACUCCUUCCGCGUCAGCUUUGAGAUCAUGGACGCCCGUAACCCUCUCGGGCAUGGCGGAGCAUACAAGGCUAAAAUCGGGCCCUACAAAGUGAAGGUGUGGCUGUUUGACGAGGCGAAGCGUGAGCUGACCCACGAGGAGACCUUCCAGCAUGCGGGGGUGCACACGCUGGUGAUCCCCACGCCCAAGCGCCGCACUCACGCCACAUUCUUCAUCGAGAUGGAGGACGAGCGCCGCCUGCACUUCCACGAUGAAUUUGCCCUCUCCUUCCACAUCCACUUCUACCGCCUCCUCAAGUGGAUCCUCGCCCUCCCGCUGCUCAUCAUGGCGGCAGCACUCGUAGCCCGCUCGGCGCCGGAUUCGGGCCCGGACCUGCCCUCCUUCUCCCCGGCUAGCCGCCACCUGGCCUGA